AAAUACAACAUUUACAUAUAGUCCCCACAAAACUUUCUUUCUCUAUCAAACAUUGUCUUCUUUUUCUUCUAUAAUUCUUUGAAUACAACAGUCAUUAAUUCUGUCUUCCCUCUUUAAGGUUCUUGAUUCCUUUAUAAUUUCCUGUGUUUAGCUUGGACUGGCCAAACAAAGUAAAAAUAUACCAGCUGGGGUUCUUUCAAUUUCUACAAUAUUUUUUGUUUGUAUACAAAAACAGUGCACACCAUCUGUCACAUCUUCCUUAUCCAGAAUUGUUUGACUAUAAUCUCCCAAUGUUCUAUGUUUUUAUGCUUCAAGAUUUUUGUUUUUUGCUGAUUCUUGGUCUUGAAUGAAAAGAAAAUUCCAAAGUUGAGUGAUUCUUGGAGAAAUUUGUUUACUUGUUGAUCUUAUUAAUUCAAAUCUGUACAAUAGGACAAGUAAGGUUCAAUCUUUUAUGAAGUUCUAAAACAAUGAGAGAUGGGAACUCUAAGAAAACCAAGCUCUCUUGGUCCAAGAAUCUGGUAAAGAAAUGGUUUAAUGUUAAAAGCAAAGCCGAGGAUUUUCAAGCUGAUGAUAUUGUCUAUGGAGGUGUUGAUGAUGAAUGGAGAAACAACUUCUCAGAGAGGCAGACAUCCACUAUCAAGAAAAGUAAAACAGACAAGUCAAGUAGAAGGCAUGCUGAUCGUUUUCAUCAUAGUAAGAUUGACCUUGACACUUCAGAGGUUACAGAUGUGAAUAACUAUCGGGUGUUUGUAGCAACAUGGAAUGUGGCUGGAAAAUCUCCACCUACUAAUUUAAGUCUUGAUGAUUGGCUUCAUACCUCACCUCCUGCUGAUAUCUAUGUUCUGGGGUUUCAAGAAAUUGUUCCUUUGAAUGCUGGUAAUGUUUUGGGCACAGAAGAUAAUGGUCCAGCUAGAAAAUGGCUAACACUCAUUCGAAAAACUUUGAACAGUCUUCCCGGAACAAGUGGCAGUUAUCAUACUCCCUCUCCAGUUCCUAAUCCUGUUGUUGAGCUAGAUGCUGACUUUGAGGGAUCGGCAAGAGAAGAAGCCCCGACUUUCUUCCAUCACCGCUCAUUUCAAACACUAAGCCGUAGCAUGAGAGCAAUGGAGAGUGAAAUGUCAAUGCCACGGGCUCAACUUGAUCGUCGAUUUAGUGUUUGUGAUAGGGCUGUGUUUGGAGGAAGGCCAAGUGAUUAUGACCCAUAUGCCCAAUGGGGUGGUCCCUCGGAUGAUGAAAAUGGUCCAGAUGAUUCACCUGUUACAACCCACUAUUCCCCAAUUCCGUAUAGUGGUUCCAUCACUUCAGAGGACAGAGGCAGACAGCCAUCGAAAUCAAGAUACUGUCUUGUUGCGAGUAAGCAAAUGGUUGGAAUAUAUCUUACUAUUUGGAUUAGAAGUGAUCUAAGGGAUGAUGUUCGCAACCUGAAAGUAUCUUGUGUUGGCAGAGGAUUGAUGGGUUAUCUUGGGAACAAGGGCUCAAUCUCAGUUAGCAUGUCACUGCACCAAACAAGCUUCUGCUUCAUUUGUACUCAUUUAACAUCUGGACAGAAAGAGGGAGAUGAGCUGCGGAGAAACUCUGAUGUCUUGGAGAUUCUAAAAAAAACAAGGUUUCCGAGGAUUCAUGGCAUUGGGGAUGACCACUCUCCUCAAACAAUCCUCGAGCAUGAUCGAAUUAUAUGGCUUGGGGAUUUGAACUAUCGGAUUGCCUUGUCUUUCCGAACUGCCAAAGCACUGGUGGAGAUGCACAAUUGGAGGGUGCUGUUAGAAAAUGAUCAGCUACGGAUAGAGCAGAGGAUGGGACGUGUUUUUAAUGGAUGGAGUGAAGGAAGAAUAUACUUCCCUCCAACAUACAAGUACUCAAGUAAUUCAGACAGAUAUGCAGGAGAGGACACACACCCAAAAGAGAAACGAAGAACCCCUGCUUGGUGUGAUCGCAUAUUGUGGUAUGGUCAAGGCCUAUAUCAAAUAUCUUAUGUUCGUGGAGAGUCCAGAUUUUCUGAUCAUAGACCAGUUUAUAGUAUAUUCUUGGCUGAGGUCGAGUCCAUCAACCGCCAUCAUAUAAAGAAAAAUUUGAGUUGUGCUGGCUCCAGGGUGGAAGUUGAAGAGUUAUUGCCCCAGUCAUACCGUUAUAAUGGAUAUUAUUACUAAGAUACAGAUCUUCAAUGAAGUAUCAUAUCUCAGGACUCCAUAUUCAGCCGCUGCCUUUAGGUCAGGAAGUCAAGACUUGGAGUUUGGACCUGAUGCUGCAAAAUUUAGAGGAAAAUUCUUAGCAAGACACUGCAAAAUGAGAGGACUUCAAAAGGGAUAAUUUUGCUCUAUGAUAAAUCUGCAUUUCUUCUUCCUAGAGUCAGUUUCAGGAGUGGAGCAGAGCUGUUCUGCCAGAUAUAAGAAGAUUCUUGCCAUGUUAUAUGGAUACGGUUACAGACAAGCAAGAACUAAUUACGCAAAGAUUCAGAAGCAGACCAUUAGAAAUGCUGAGAUCAGUCUCUUUGUCCAAAUGCAGCAUAGAUCAAUUGUUACAGCUCUGAAUAUAACGAUACGGUUAUAUCAGACAUGGAGACUCUUGAAAAGUGCUAUGGCUAAGCUAAGAAUUGGCUUCUCAGGGUUCUUCAUCUCUUUUGAGGAUUAAAAACGAGAACAGCCUGAUACAAAAUAUGAUGAAAGCUGAUGCAUAGAGUCCUUCCACUCUUUAUUUUUUGCGGGUGGGUGGGUGGGGGGGGGGGGGUGAUAGCUAUGCUCCUUUGUGUCUUUCAUUCUGUUUGAAGAAAAAGAAACUUUGGCGUGUACUUAUUGCCACAGACAUAUAAGGAGAGAUGAAGAUAAUGUUAAGAGGGAGGGAGGGAGUGGGCAUCAAUGACAUACUGAAAAGUGAACGUUUUCCUGAAAAGAAAAAGGAAUCACAGUUUGCUUGGAUGCUUAUUUCUGUUUCUCUACAUAUCUUUGUACUAUUCUCUUUUUUCUUGUUCAAUUCAUGAGUUUUUGUA